UUCUUUUUCAUACACUACAGUACAGGUUCAGGCUGAUACAGUGCAGUUUUCUAUGUGUAGAAGCGUGUUCCCAGUGAAAAAACUGGCCUGCAAACUAUGGAAGAAUCAGAGAUCAUAAGACUCAAUGUUGGUGGACAUAUUUACACUACCACAAGGUCUACCCUUGUUAGGUAUCCAGACUCAAUGCUGGGAGCGAUGUUUAAAGGUGAUAUCCCAUCCAAAGUGGAUCAGGAUGGAAACUUCUUCAUUGACCGAGAUGGACAAAUGUUCAGAUACAUCCUGAAUUUUUGUAGAUCUGGAAAACUUUGCCUGCCACAACAAUUUUCUGAUUAUGAUUUACUGGAAAAUGAGGCUGAUUUUUACCAAAUUGAACCCUUGAUAACCAGCAUCACAUCUUCACGACAGAACGCAAUGAAAGAAAGUCAAGAGUUCAAUUACAUAGAAAUUGUGGAAGAGAAUCUUCAUUCACUUUACAGUGGUUCUCUUCUCGAUGCAUUUACGACGUUAGAUGGGAGGACUACUGAUCUAACGGCAAUUCCAGGAAUUAGCACUUAUGGAAAAUCACCAGAGAUUCUCAGUUCAUUUUACAGUAGACUGACACUCAGUAUACGUGGUUUGAGAUUAGAGAUAGGCGAGUUUCUCAGCAAGCAAGGGUGGAUAAAAGAACAUAGUAAUUUAUCAUUCUCAAAAUCAAGCUCAAGAGGCGAUUUUGUCGAGAAAAAGAUAUAUAGAGAAGUUUGGAAAAUAUGCAGGAAAAAUCACUAAAUAUAUGCAAUAUAUUCUAUCACAUGUAUAUGAUAUUUCUUGAUUAAAUUGUACGACAAGUUUGAAGAAAUGGGCUGAAAUCUCAGAAACAGAAGCUAGAACAUGUCGAGAUUUUUUUAAAAUGAAUAUAUUUACUAUUCUGGUUGCCAUUAAAUACUUUUUUGAAAAAUAU